CGAGCUGCUGGUGUUGCUUGCCAGCCCACAUGCCAGCCCCGACCUUUGACUUGCGUGCUCUAUUUGGGCGUUGGCAAUAACCUCGACGACAACAACAACAACAACAGCAACAACAACAACAAGCAGUCCCUCUUAUUCGCGACUGCGGCCUAUUUUCUUUUGUUUAUAAUUUAUCAUGAGACAUGCCACGGUGUAUUUGCUUGGAGAGACAUAAUCAAUUGCUUGGGAGGAUUUGGAACUCACGAUAAUUAGUGGGACGAUAAACAACAGAACAUUUUGGCAACCCGACACAAUGGCCCUCAACAAUGAUUCCUACACGGCGACACUCAGUCCGACGUCAGAGCCGGGCUUCCCCUCGCAUCAACAUGUCUUGUCCAGCUCAAUCAGCUCCUUGUCAUCAUCCACGUUGACCCGACCGACACCUAACCACAUCUCAAAAACAUACCGACAGUCCUCGCAGCUGUUCCUCACGCGCCGCUUACCCGAGGCCCUCUCCACAAUAUCACCACUUAUCACACCACCCUCGUCUGAGGAUGCAGACGCAGCACUGAACGAGCCUGCGCCCAUUGCUAGAGCCAGCAGGUCUACGCGCAUCAAGGUGUGGAGCCUGUAUCUCACAAUACUCAAUGCGGUCCUGGAGCUCGACCCGGACGAGGGCAAAGAUGCCUUCGGCGUGCAGGAAUGGAGGGCCUUGUGCGCCAAGGUACGAGACGGCGAUAUUUGGGAAGAUGUCGUGCAAAACGGCUACCACGGCUCCGAAGGAGAUGUCGACUCGGACGUGGUAAUCAACCUAGCUACGCUUCUUCUUGCACAUGCGCGGACGCAAAUACUGAACCAGAAGAGGUUAGAGAACUACCUCGCCGCGUCCCAGCAGCCGAACCUCGAUCUAUCACAGCGACUGGAAGCAGCAGGAUCCCCGCGGCUCUCUUCCAAGAGUCGAAGGUCACCGUCCAAAUCCAAAAGAGGUGCCAGUGGCGCCGACACACCCAGGGACUUGAAUGCCAGGGUUAAGAUCCUGGAGCUUUACACCUUGCACGUCUUACUCCGAAAUAAUGAGUGGGAUUAUGCUCGUGAAUUCAUCAGCGUGUCAUCGGUGCUCGACGAAGAGCGCAGAGACGCGUUCUUGCAAGCACUGCAAAGUCUACAGGAGGAGCAGCAAGAACAAGACCGCAGAGAACAGGAAGAAAAGCAAAGGCAAGACGAUCAACUUCAAAAGGAUCUGGAAGAGGCCCGGCGACACAGAGCCGAGAACGAGGCCAGAGAACGAAAGCGGCUAGAGGAGGAAAGGGCAAAGCGGGAGGGCAGCGAGAUCGAUUAUGGCAUCGAAAGCACACCAAGUGCCAACGGGUCAUCAAGCAAAAGAAAGCCAAAGCGAGCCGACUCCUCUGCACUGUCGAGGCCAAAGCCGCCUGCCAAGGGCAAGGCAGCAGCACCUCCGGGCCUCGGUGCCAGGGCUGCAACGAUCUUCACAAACUUGCGGCUGGUGAUCGAACAAAUGGGCACAUCUUUCAAGACGAACCCAGUGCUGCUCAUGCGCUUCGUCGCAUUCCUUGUGGGGUUGCUAGUGAUGUUUGGCAAUCGAAGGAUACGCGAGAGGAUAACGAGAGUCCUUGGGACUGGCUGGAAUAAAGUAAAAGCUACUGCGGGAAUGGGAGUCAAAGUCAGCUACAUCUGAUGCAAUCUAUCCUCGAGACAGAGACAAAAUGAAGGAGUACGUAUUCUGUGUAUUUAUUGCAUUGGGGCCUGGCGAUCAUUGGAGGAGCAAGGCGCGAGGGGCAAGAUGCAGACUUAGGACAUCUACUUCAUUCGAUGAACAUUAUCACUUUUUUUCU